AUCUGAUUGAUCGGCUUCAUCUGUGUAUGAUCGGUUUGUGACUCAUCUGGGUAUCAGUACUCGAAGUCAGUAGUUGUACAUGAUGCGAGAUUAAUAAUCAAUCAGAGUGUCAGUCGGUGAUCCAUCUGUUGCAGUCUCGUCGAAAAAUUGAAGUAUAAUCCAGAACGAGUGAAGAAACUGGAAGUGCCUAACACGUCGCUCAGAUACGAGAGACGAGCAACCGGCGCAAAGUGUUCGAAAUCACCUCAAGGAAGUCGAGAAACCAGAUGAAGCAGAAUCUUUCUUCGUUCUUGAGUGAGUAUCUGUCUGAGUGUUGCAACUGUUGUCCAGCAAAGAGAUUUUCCUCCGCUUCGCCCCGCCCCAGAAAACGCCGAACUUCAUACCCUGUACAUUUAAUUAAACUCGCCGUUACACACGACUCCUCAUUUUCAUAAGUCAUCUCCCUUAGAGCUCGUCACUCGAUCAUCGAUGAUUUGAUGCAAUAAAGCUUAAAAACUCUAUCCCUUCAGUGAUGCGGUCUGUACAUUGUUUUCCAAGCGGCAACUGCUGGACAGCAUAAAGAGAACAGUGUCUCAAAAGUAUGAAUAUCUUUGACCCUCCAACCAAAAAUAAUAGGGACGAUCUUCGAAGUUCAAGUUACGAAGGAUCUGAUUCCGUAGGUGUAAAGCAAAUAGACAGCACCGAGAUAUCUUCUGGCAGGACGGUAUUCCCAGCGUAAUUCACACUCAUUGUGCUAGUUGUUCAUCUUCUCGUUUUCUUUUCUCGUUGGUAAGGACUUAUUUGGUUUGCAUAACAAGCAUAGCCAGGAUGACAAGUCGGGGUGCACGGCCACCUCACAUUGUCAAAGAUGAGAUUGCGGCGGCGACCGUGUUCCUGAGUAGAGCCGCGGAGGCGAUUUGUACAUUAAUCUUUCUCUUUGUUAUCCGUUUUUUAUAACAAUCUGAUACAAUGAAAAUGAAUACGAUGUCGAAUGACUGUACAAUGAAGAAGAUCAUUCUUUGCAGAGAAACCAUGUUCGUACUUGUUUCAAUCCAAUAAUGUGGUCGGAAGAUAAUCUCUUCUCAAAAUGUUUUCAGGGAAAAAUAAUAAUAUAUCGACACUGUCGCUGCAAAGACUGAAUGAAAUAUUCGACCCUCGAAAAGAAUUCUUUCGGGCAACCGUCAAAAGCGCCGCCACUCGAGACCUCUGUAGGGCCACCUUGGACCAGCUAGCAAAAAAGGCCCACUCGAUUGUAACCCUCGAGAACUUCAACAAAGCGCUCACGGAAGCCGCGGAGUACUCUUUGUGUUUCAAAAAUCUUCAUCCUUUUGCUUUUUGUUUUUCUUAGCUGCAGCAAACCUGAAAAACUUUUUUUCACCAUCAUGUUAGAAAAAUGGAAAAGUAAUACGAGAUUAAGAAGAUCAGCAUAGGUAGAUAUGAUAAAGGAGUCUAUGCGUCAUGGCAUCAAAAACACCUCUCAUCAGCAUCAGCCGCACCAACAAGGCCGGGGCCGCGCCCAGCAGCAGCCUCCAGACCUAUGCAGCGACGACGCCUGUGUCCACUUCUCGCGCGGCUCUGUCCACCAUGCACUUCGAGGCCAUGACCGUCAUGCAGAUUUCGACUAUUGCGUUUGUUGCGGGCUUGGCUUUGGUUUGGUGCGUGCGCCGCCGCCACCGCGAUCAUCGUCGCCUGUCCGCAAAUGAUGCGCCGACUUUGCCGAAGUACGGGUCUACUGUGGAUGACUGCACUAAGGAAGAAUGCUAG